AGGUGGGAAUUGGCUCAGUGCCAGUUAACAGAAGUUGACGUCGGAAUUACUACUGUUUAAAAUUAUUUAAAAGUUAAUGUCACACUUUCAUGCAAAAAAUGGACGUAACUGGAAGUAUCGACUCGGAUCUAACCGCAACUUCUGAGAGCUGUACACAAGAUGAAAAAGUACAGCCUGGCUCCGUUGGUGUGAUUGGCCAGCAGCUUAGCGAGCCAGUUCGCUUUGCAUAUGCCGGACUUUGCGGCGUCUCCUUGGGGCAGCUGUUCAAAGGAGCAGAGCACAGGUGCUUUCGGGAGCAGUACUUGGAGGGCCUGGUGCAGUGGCUGGGGCUGGAUCAGUCAGUGAUGCCUGCUAUGAGGGCCUUCUUGGCAGGACUGGGGAUUGAGGGCAGCGACACCUUCCUUUCCAUACUGCAUGGGGAGCCACUGUUGAGUGUAGGGGCAACGCCAGUUGUACAGGACCUGGUGUCCUUCUCUGUCAAAGACGGCCAGUAUGAUGCACGGGCCCGGGUUCUGAUCCGACAUGUCAGCUGUUUGCUUCGUGUGCCGUCCCAAAGCUUGGAGGAGUUUGAAGAGACAUUGGGAGAAAGGCUGAGGGAAGGAGGAGAGGAAAGCGAGGAGGAGUCAUUUCGAAGACGCAAAAAAGAAAGAGGCAAAAGGCUGCGCCGCUACCUGCUGAUUGGUUUGGCCACCGUGGGAGGGGGCACUGUGAUUGGUGUGACUGGAGGUCUGGCUGCUCCCCUGGUUGCUGCGGGAGUAGGGGCCGUGAUUGGUGCAGGGGGUGCUGCAGCUCUGGGAUCAGCUGCUGGCAUCGCUAUCAUGGCCUCCCUCUUUGGAGCAGCGGGGGCAGGAUUAACUGGCUAUAAGAUGAACAAACGGGUGGGGGCCAUUGAGGAGUUUGAAUUUCUGCCCCUGAGCUCCGGGAAGCACCUCCACCUUACCCUGGCUGUGACGGGCUGGCUGUGCAGCGGAAAAUACAGUUCUUUUCAGGCCCCGUGGUGUAGCCUGGGCUCCUGCGGGGAGCAGUACUGCCUUGUGUGGGAGUCCCGGUACCUGAGGGAUCUCGGUUCUGCCUUGGACUCCCUGCUGGAUGGUCUCUUUAGCAUGGUAGCCCAGGAAGCUCUGAAGUACACUGUGCUGUCAGGCAUCGUGACAGCGCUCACAUGGCCUGCCUCCCUCCUGGCAGUGGCCAGUGUGAUUGACAACCCGUGGGGGGUGUGUCUGAGCCGCUCGGCCGAGGUCGGUAAGCACCUAGCCCAAGUCCUCCGGAGCAGGCAGCAGGUGCGUCGAUCCACUCAAACAGGCCCCAGGGAAAGAGCUCAUUAUCAGACUGCUCACUCAUGCUCUUAUGUGUGUUGCGUCUAUGUCCAGGGCAAGCGUCCAGUCAGCCUGAUAGGCUUCAGUUUGGGAGCAAGAGUCAUCUAUUUCUGUCUUCAGGAGCUGGCAAAUGACAAAGGUUGUGAGGGCAUCGUGGAGGAUGUUGUCCUCUUGGGGGCGCCAGUGGAUGGCUCAGCCAAGCAGUGGAAAAGGAUUUCCAGUGUGGUCGCUGGAAGGAUUGUUAAUGGAUACUGCAGAGGGGACUGGCUCCUUGGGUUCCUUUACCGUGGUUCGUCCGUCCAGCUGACUGUUGCAGGGCUUCAGCCAAUCGGUUUGGAUGAUCCUAAUAUGGUUAAUGUGGACUUGUCAUCUGUGAUAAAUGGCCAUCUGGAUUACAUGCGUCACAUGGAGACCAUUCUUGUUGCAGUAGGGGUUCCUACUCGUGAGAGGGCAGGAGACAUGAACUGCCAGUCUUACCCAAGAAAUACUGCAGAAGAGGGCGUUGCUGAAUGCCAGUCAGACAAAGAAGAUGGAGAUUCCAGAAAGGAAGAGGUGAGGACAACUGAAGAGGUCGAUGGACCAGUCCUUCUUGGAAAAGAGAGACCUAACUUGAACAGUGUUUCUGUGUCUAACCUUGCAAAAGAUUGCAAAGGCAGUCAGGGAGAACACGAUAAAGGAGAAAAAGAAGACUCUGAUGGUUGGGAUUUCCCAGAUAUCUCUGAUUUGCUGGAUUCUUUAAAUGAGGCAGACGUGUCAAUCCCGCAGUGCCCUUUGGACAAAGUGCCAAAAAGCCCUAUGUAGAGAAAUGACGGCGGAGACAGUCUUGUUACUUUGAGGCAUCGUUAUGGAGAAGAAGCAGAGACCAGCGACUUCAGUCCUGAGUUCAUUCAUUUGCCCAGGGAUUCUGAUCAUACAUACAGGGACUGAGUUUUACUGUGUUUUCACACCUAUAGUUUGGUUUCUCUGGUCCAAAUCAGUUGAUGAGUUUGUAAACAUGCAGCACUCUCCCCUUAAUUCGCUUUGCUUUCACACAGGGAAAAAUCCCAGUGAAGCAACAAUGCAAUGCUACAAACCAUGUGAGAAUGUUCAUUCUGCUCAUUGGUCAGAGGUGUCUGGCGAGAGCAAGAAAGUAAAUACAGGAAGAAGGUCCUGUGCAGUUGAACAUCUCUCAGUUUUAUGUAUUGUUACCUCAGUUUUUCAUUUUACUUUCACAAGUCACUAUUCAUUCACCCAGUCAAGUGCUCUCUUCUUCAGCCAUUGACUGAUCAUUUUGAAAACUUCAGAGUUAUUAUGAGAUGUUUUUAGGAGUUGACAGACGUAGUCAUCUGCUGAGAUUUCAAGAAGGCAGCGUACCUCGCUGCUAGACCAAGGACCUCGGUUCGUUCCUCCUUCUCUGCUUUCUACUAUUACUUGUUUGCAUGCUCUGCCUCAUCCCAGAAUGCAAAGCACACCUACGUAGCUAUGGGAGCCGUUUGAUCAUGUCUGCACCAAAAACGAACUUUUCCACAGUUCUUUUGGGACCGAACUGAGACCACAUCCUCUCAAGGGUCUCGGUGUGGUUGUUUUGAUCCACACCUGAGUACGAUUACUGUGUUCACACCUGCCCAAAUAAUCACACCAAUGUGGGAAAUCAAAUCAGAGUCCAUCUUAACGGGACUAAAAAUGCUGGUAUGAAAACACCCUUAAAGCAUACCCUGUUGGACUUUAGGCGAUGUUGCGAUACCAUAAAUUGAAGUCGACACCAAUUCGAGUGAAAUUCCAGGAUUUUUGAUACCCAAUUGUAUAAAAAAACAUUUGAACUGCUCUUGUUUUUUUGUAGCCUUCAAGUAAUAAAAAGACACGACUAUUAACAUUAGGCUACAAAAAAGAAUGGUGGCAUGUAGCCCUCAAGUAUUUAAACUAUACGGUGCUUAAAAUAGAAACAGCUAUCGUCAUCAAUUGCAAUUGUCUCCCGGCUAAGCAGAAUGUUUUAGUAACAAAACAAACCACAAAAUCAUUUAAGGCAGCGCAAAAACUGUACAGUAAAAGUGUUGGGGGGUUUUUUUCCGCUUUUAGAAGUUGAUUUGUGAUGUGUUAACAUUUUGUGUGUGUUGGGAUUUAAGCCUACCCAUGUUUACUAAUGUAGUACAUGUGGUUCAAGAGUAAUAAGCAUUUUAUUUCAGGCAUGUCAUUAUUCAGAGGGAAACUAGAACAUUUGUAUGUGUAUAUGCUGCUCCUGUCAGGUCCAGAAGGAUUGCAUCCCUGGUAUCUGUGUUGCUGUGCAAAAACGGGUAUCAUCGUGUUUUCAGAAUUUUUGACAUCGACUUGGUACAGAGAAAGACUGUGUGCUUGUGCUGUCAUACUUUCACCACAUGAGGGCAGCAAAAUGGCGAAUGAAACACAGGUGUAGCAACUCAAACCGCAACGUUCUGCAGAUUCUAUUGCCUUUUUCAUUGUGGUUUGACUUGUGAGGGUAGUUUACUCCCUUUUUUUAGUCAAUUCACUGGUUUUAAAGCUCUUGUUUGUAUUGCCUAACCUCAUGUCGCAGUAAAAUGAAAAGCCCUAUAUGGUUAAUAUUUACUAUAUACUGUAUAUUUUCUGUAUACUGUAUAUUUACUGUAUAUUGCGAUAGGAGGACUCCGGUUUCCCCCCACAUUCCAAAAACAUGCUGAGGCUAAUUGGAGUUGCUAAAUUGCCCAUAGGUGUGCAUGUGUGAGUGCAUGGUGUGUGAGUGUGCCCUGCGAUGGGCUGGCCCCCCAUCCUGGGUUGUUCCCUGCCUCGUGCCCAUUGCUUCCGGGAUAGGCUCCGGACCCCCCCCCCCCCCCCCCCCCCCCGCAACCCAGAAGGAUAAGAGGUUUGGAAAAUGGAUGGAUGAAGUAGGAGGAUUAAUUAUCCAGCUGCUAGCAAUUUUUUUUGUUCACUUCCCCAGAUGGGUAUUCCAUGUUGGGUACAGAUGUCAGUGUUAACCAUGUUAAAAAUGCUUUUAAAGCCAAGCUUGAUUCCUUUUGUUUAUUGCGUUUAUGGACGGAAUCAUUCAUUCUAAAAGGGAUUCCACGAUUGAUUAAAUUUAAAAUGUUCUAUUACCAA